ACGGCCGCGGCCGUGGUGGCAGCAGCGGUGGCAGCACCAGUACCAGCACCAGCACCAUGUCCUGGUACCGCAACGCCGUGUGGUUCGUGAAGGGGCUGCGGGAGUACACGAGGAGCGGCUAUGAGUCUGCGUCCAAGCGCUUCAGUGCCGUGGAUAUCGACGUGGAUGUGGCUGGAAAAUCCUUCCUGGUCACUGGAGCUAACAGUGGUAUUGGCAAGGCAACAGCAAAAGAGAUAGCGAAGAGAGGUGGCACAGUUCACAUGGUUUGUCGAAAUAAGGAAAGGGCUGAGGAAGCCAAAGAAGAAAUUAUGACAGAAACGGGUAAUCAGAAUAUCUUCUUGCAUAUUUUGGAUAUGUCUAAUCCCAAGGAUAUCUGGAAGUUUGCUGAAAAUUUCAAAAAUGAACAUAAAUUAGAUGUUUUGAUCAACAAUGCAGGAUGUAUGGUUAACCAACGGGAAUUAACAGAAGAUGGACUCGAAAAGAACUUUGCAACAAAUACCUUAGGAACUUACAUUCUGACAACUGCCCUGCUACCCCUGCUGGAAAAAGAAGCUGAUCCCAGAGUGAUAACUGUCUCUUCUGGGGGCAUGCUGGUUCAAAAAUUAAGCAUAUCUGAUUUGCAGUCAGAAAAUGGGACAUUUGAUGGAACUAUGGUGUACGCACAAAACAAGAGACAGCAAGUUGUCGUGACAGAACAGUGGGCAAAAGCUCACAGAAAAAUCCAUUUCUCUGUCAUGCACCCCGGCUGGGCAGACACACCAGCUGUGAGAUCAUCAAUGCCAGAUUUCUAUCAGAAGAUGAAGAAUGCCCUGCGCACAGAGGCACAGGGAGCAGACACUGUUGUAUGGUUGGCAGUCUCACCUGAAGCAACAAAGUUACCAAGCGGCUUGUUCUUCCAAGACAGGCAACCAGUUGCUACACACUUACCCCUAGCAAGAACCUACAGUCCACCAGAGGAUGAGGAAAAGCUAAUGGAGAUGCUGGAAGAAUUUUCCCAGAAGUUUAAAUCUACUUCUCCAGGAACUUAGUGUCGCUGCUAACACAACGUAACCACAAAGCUUCUAAUUAUACAGUAACAGUACUGUAGUGUGCCUCAUGUAGAGGGGAGGUAGGAUGCCAUAGAGCAGUUAAAUUGCAUUCAGGUGUGCUCAUAGUGGGGGACAGUGGUACUAGCAAAUUUGUUCUGGUGCUGAAAGUUCCUUCUCUUGUGAAUAUGCACCUGCUAUCUCAAGACAUGAUAUGAUGAUUGGAAGAAAAAUACAGACCCAUAAAAAUGAAAUAAAACCCAAGUGAUGCCAUUAGGCAUUGUGAAUUUACCCCAGACUUUUUAAAACACUCAAUGUACAGAGAAAUCCUGAGAGGCACAUCUUCAAUAGCUCUCAUGAAUGACUUCAGGAAAAAAGAAGUGUUAUUAAACAUUGUAUUUGGCA